CAGCGCCCGGCGGCCGCGGAUGCGCCGCUCCGCCCCGACUGCCGGCGAAGGAAGAAAAGUUUGGGGGCGACUUGAGGCGGCGGGAGCGCCGGAGGAGAAGGAGAAUGCGCGGUUUUCCCGGCUGAUCGGGAAGGAAGGAUGACCGAGGGAGGAUGUGCACCAGCAGCCAGAUCAUCGGGAGCCUCCUGGUGCUCUCCGUGCUGGAGAUAGGGUUAGGGGUGUCCAGCGUGGCCGUGGGGGCGGUCAGUUUCAGCCUGGUCCUCACAGAGCAUAAACCUCAACUGGGAGACUCUUCUCCGGUAUGGAGCGGGGUGUGUUUUCUACUUUGUGGCAUAUGUGGAAUACUGUGUGCCAAAAAAAAGUCUGGACUCGUUAUGAUACUUUUCUCUGCCUGUUGCAUCUGUGGACUGAUCGGAGGAAUCUUAAAUUUUCAAUUUCUUCGUGCUCUGACAAAGAAGUCGUCUGCUCUCUAUUCUUUGCAUCUUGCCUCCAUGUCUCUUGCAUGCAUUGGAAUUGGUGGUUGCACCCUUUCUUCAUGGCUCACUUGUCGGCUAGCCAGCUAUGAACAAAGGCGAAUGUUCUCAGAAAGAGAACAUUCGUUGCAUCACUCCCAUGAAAUGGCAGAAAAAAGAUUGAGGGGUAUUGAAAUAACCGACCUGCCCAGCUGCCCGGUGGUUCCCCCGACACCAGAGUUACCUCCAAGGAAAUGACAGACAACCUAAGCAAUGGUGGCCCACAUUUGAUUUAUAAUGGAAGUGUAUAUUAAAAGGUUUUUAAAAGUUCCAUGGAAAGAAGUGGUUUUAGAAUUUUCUUCAGGAAAAAAAAAAAUAGACUCCAAGAAAUUGUGCAAAUGGAACUACCUUAGCUUUUAUGGCUCAAGUGUCACAACUGCAGAACAGCACAGCUGCAUUUCUCUUUUAGAAAGAUGUUCAGAAUUUGUCUCCUAAACAUUUUGCGGAUAUACAGUAUUUAUUCACUUCCUGGCUACUCUCUUUUGUUUGUUUGGGAUUGGUUGGGUUUGUUUUUUUUUCUGAAUAACAUUUCAGAAUUGUGAUGAUAUUUGAAAUAGACAUCUCAAAGCUCUUCUUCUAAUGAAGCCUCAAAAACUGGGAAAAGAAGAAAUAAUUAAACUAAACCGCAUUCAGCCUGGUCACAGGAUUCCUAAAGAGAAGAGAAGAGGACAGAGGAAGGAUGGCUCAGGGGAAUCAUUUUCUUCUCCCCACUUGGCAGCAUCUGGUGUAAUAUGAUGGCUUCAGAUCAUGUGGCAUGGUACCAGCGAUGCAUCUGCACAGUCCCCCUCCCUGCAUUGCAAAUGCAUUCAGCCUCAGUUUUCCCAGUAGAUCAUAUCAAAAGAGAGUGCAAAUUACUCUUCCAAAAGGCUCCCAUUUCACAUUCAGAGUGUAUAUGGACAGUGUGCUGAAAACAACAAUGUCUUUGUUUUGAAAGACAGAAUGCUCUAAGAAGGCCAUAAAUCAAAACCUCAACAAUGCCUUGUUGUAAAAAAGUUGUAAAUAUUUCCAAUUUGUGAAUGAAGUAUAUUUCGUAAUUUGUUCAUAAAAGAUGACAAAUAAAGUGAAAUGUAAACCAGA